AUGUUUUACUGAGUGAGAGAGAGAGCACUGAUGGGUAAUAUAAUGGUGUAUUGAGGCGCACGCGAUUCCUCAGCUCCAAUGUUUGAAACAUACCAUACCAUAGCCAUUGAGACUAUCAUCAUCAUAACAAGUGCCUCCUGUGCCACUUGAUUGCACAUAUGUAUGUUGCAUACCAGUGCUAUUAACAUUUCAAUUGAUUUCAAUUGAGAGAUAUCAAACCACUAGUAGAUUUUUGUGUCUAUAAAAUCACGCUUUUUAAAUGCAAAAUUGUUAUAAUAAUGGACAAAAAGUUAUGAAACAAGACAUUUAUAUACGUAUCCAAACGCCAGAAGUAGUCUCUGUUAAGGAGGAGUCGGACGACCAAACUUACGCUGAAGAGCUGGUGACCACUACAUUGACAUCAAUUGAAGACAACCAUAAUUGUGUGCAAUCAUUACAAGACCACAAUCAGAAUCCAUUGUUAAGCAGUCCAUUAGCCAAAUCAAGUACCAUCUCAUCAUCUCCCAGUGCCAACAGUGAUAGUGGGCACUGUAGUAGAGCUUCGCCAGACAUCACUUUACUCACAACCACAGCCAAUGGUGCGAUUCAGUCUAUGGCCAGUGCCAGUGAUGAGUCACCAAUAAAUUAUCAUCAUAAUUGGGCCAUGUGUGGAAAUGAUGGUUCGCGCGUAAUAAGCUCUCAAUCGUGUAAAUCGAGCUCAUCUUCGGCGACGGCAGCCUCAGCAGCACUGGCAGCUCAGGCGGCUUAUCUCAAUUCAUCGUCAUUUAGCACAAGUAAUCCCCAAACACCACAAAAUGUCUACAAUUGCUACGGCUAUACAUCAACAUUUGGCAAUACAAGUGUCGGCUCACAGUCAUUGUCCAGUUGUCAACAAUCGGGUCUUGAUUAUACAUACCCGGGCUUUGCACACACCGGUGGCUAUGGGUCUGCAUAUUAUAAUAACGGUUAUCCAUCAUAUAUUCCAAACACGACAAACACAAUAAACAACUCUCCCUCGCCUUCACCGUUAACACUGUCCUCCACCACAAACUCGGUGACGACACCAACAUAUCCAUUGCCACAACUAUCACGUGAAUCAGGCUAUACAUCAACGUUUGGCAAUUCGGGUGUCGGAUCGCAAUCACUGUCCAGUUGCCAGCAGUCGGGUCUAGACUACAUUUACCCGGGCUUUGGUCAUAGUGGUAGUUAUGGGCCAGCCUAUUAUAAUAGCGGCUAUUCAUCAUAUAUUCCAAACGCUUCAAACACAAUAACUAACUCUCCUUCGCCGUCACCGUUAACACUGUCCUCCACCACAAACUCAGUGACGACACCGACAUAUCAAUUGUCACAAUUAGCACAUGAAUCAGAUGACAAUCUGUCUCAUUAUCGCCGUAUAGACAACUGUGCGUCUCCUAUAAAGACAGAGAACCGUCAAAAUGUCAGUAAUACCGGCACCAAAAAAGGCACGUCUAAGUCAGGUCGUGGUCGAGGUCGUCGUCAAAAUAACCCGUCACCCGAUCCCGAGCACGAUCUCGAGCGGGUAUUUCUAUGGGAUUUAGAUAAUACACUCGUCAAGUAUUUAACAUUAUUAAAUGAACCAAUCAAUCCUAUGGAGAGAGUAUUAGGCGAAGAAAUUGAACAUUUUAUCAAUCAAUUUGCUGAACAACACUUCUUUUACUCUGAUUUAGAGAAAGUUGACCAGGGCAAUUUAGAUGACCUAAUCAGUGAUGACAAUGGACAAGAUAUAAGUAAUUAUGAUUUUCAAAACGAUGGUUUUUGCACAAACAUCACGUACGGCAACGGAGGACUCGCUAUGGGCUGUCAGGCCGUUAAAGGAGCGGUCGACUUAAGAAAACAGUCAUUUCGAUACAGACGUAUCAAAGAGUUGUAUAAUGUCUACAAAAAUAAUAUUCAAGGUUUAUUAUCGACUCACGAAAGGGAUCAGUUAUAUAAAAUACGUGACAUUUACAAUAGACUCGAUAACAGUCCGACACCCGAUGCCAUCAAAUGUCUUAAAUUAAUUAAUUCAAGACCUAAAAGCUUGAAUGUGUUGGUCAGUAAUAUGUCGUUAGUGCACACCUUAGCUGUAGUCAUGUUAUUUGAUUUGGACAGUUAUUUCUAUCCCGAAAACAUAUACAGCGCCGGAAUAAUUAAUAAAGAGAAUACUUUUGUGAAAAUUAUUCAAAAGUUUGGCAAAAAAUGCUCGUAUGUGGCCAUCGGUGACGGUAGGGAUGAGGAAAUGGCUGCUAAACAAUUGGAUAUACCUUUUUGGCCGGUCAGAGGUGUGCACGACAUCAAGACUCUGUUACAUUAUGCAUUGGAAAGGGAUCACCUCUAGGCUUAUCAGUUAUUAAUAUAAGUAAUAUUACAAAUUAUAUAAAUAAUAAAUUUUUAAA